AUGCAGAACGCCAUCAACCCAAUCACAAGCAACAUCCCGCAGACGGUCAGCCCAUUCCCUGCACCUCCCGAAUAUGCCAAGGGCUACACUAAUGAGCGCAUUGAGCUGGGCUCCGCUGCGGCGCCCCCGCCAGUCCAGUCAGAGUUCACGGUUUUUGGAGAACUGUAUAAGCUCGACGAUGAUAUCAUCAGACCACUGUCCGCCCAGGACCCGCCCAUCACCCAAUUAUAUCCGAGCUCCAAAGUAGAAUGGAAGAUCGAGAUGAAGAAAUUGCUCAAAAGUGCUGUCGCCGCCUUCUUGGAUUUAUUGGAAAUUCUUAUCCGGAACCCGAAUCACAAGGAUCGGCUUGACAAAUUUGAGGACAUAAAGACGAUUUUCUUCAACAUCCACCAUCUCAUCAACGAAUUCCGCCCUUUGCAAGCGCGGUUGACACUACAGGCCAUGCAACAAUCGCAGAUAAAUGAAUUGGAGGAGAUGCUGGGACAAUUUAAAACGUUUCUGGAUGGCGGCAAAUCAGCAUUGCGCGCUUCGCUGAAUAUGGACGGGAUUGUCCGGAGUGCCAUACCAGAGAAGCCGUCAUGGCUUUUGAAACAGGAAGCCGAAGAUGUUGUCCAGCACAACAAUUUCACCACAGAGGAGUUCCUUCCAAAGGUGGACCCGAAUCAGCCGGACGACGAUGCUGAUCGUGAACUUCCAACAGAUGCCGGACUAGCAGAGCGAUGGGACGAAAUGGGUGAUGCCGCGCUGCGCCGCUUGGCCAAAGAGCUGGAGCAGCUGUCACAGGAACCGCCGAAUGGCGUCCAAAUUGCCAAAGAUGUCUCAGCGAAUCUUAGAGAAUGGACCGUGCAAGUCGACGGCGCUCCGAAUACGUUAUAUGAGGGCGAACAUUUCACGCUGCAAUUUCGAUUCUCCGACCAGUACCCUUUUUCGUCGCCUGAGGUGAUAUUUGUUGGCGAAAACAUCCCAAUCCACCCGCACGUCUACUCGAACGGCCAUAUUUGUCUAUCUAUCCUCACCGACGAUUGGACACCGGCGCUAUCGGUUUCUGCGGUGUGCCUCUCCAUCCUUUCCAUGCUAUCCAGCUGCAAGGAGAAGAAGCGGCCCCCAGACAAUGCCCUCUACGUCAGAACAUGCGGAAAAAAUCCGAAUAAAACGCGCUGGUGGUUCCACGAUGAUACGGUU